UCCGUGGCUAAGGCUCUGUGUUUAGCAUUGAGUGGCUAAGCUAAACAGUGAAGCUGAAGAAGAGAUUAGCUGUUAGGCUAACAGAAUGGGCGCGUUGCGGAAGUUGCUCGUGUACACGGGGGCCGUGGCGGCGCUGAUCACCGGAUACGCGUCCUGGAAGAGCCUUGAUCCCGGAGAGCAGCGGAACCGAGAAAUACUGAAGAACCUGCCGGAGUCGAAUCCAGCGCGGAUGGAGGAGAGCAGGAGGAGGAACGCUCAGAUCAUGGAUCUGCUCAAAGAAGCAGCAGAGACCAACGACAACAUUGCUCGAACCUACGGCAGCCAGAAAUAACCACUCUGUAACCCCCCCCCCGCAAUGCCCUUUUUAUAAGCCCCACACUGCUGCUUGUGGAAUGAGGGGAAACUCUGCCUCAUUAUUUUCAUCAUGUUGUAAAUGAAAUGUAAAAAUUCACUUAAUAAGAAAAUGUCUUGUACAGAAAGUCUCUCUCGCAUAAUGAAGAUGAUGUAAAUAAAAAUACUUCCUAACCCUCUA